AUCUCUUUUGCUUGCGGAGCUUGAGAAGGAAGAGAAAGAAAAGGACUGGUAUUAUGCCCAGCUUCAGAACUUGACUAAAAGGAUUGAUAGUCUCCCUCUUACUGAAAAUUUCUCCUUGCAAACAGAUAUGACCAGAAGGCAGUUGGAGUAUGAGGCAAGGCAAAUCAGAGCUGCAAUGGAAGAACAGCUAGGUACUUGUCAGGACAUGGAGAAACGAGCACAGGCAAGGGUUGCAAGAAUUCAACAAAUAGAGAAGGACAUUCUUCGUAUACGACAGCUCCUGCAAUCACAAGCAGCUGAAGCAGAGAGAGCAUCUCAAAGCAAGCAUGAUGCUGGUUCACAUGAUACAGAGAGGCAGAAUGAAGGUCAAGGAGCAGCAGAAAUCAGCAUGGCAACUAGCAGUACUGGUCAGAGUUCUGCUACUCGAAUGGACCACGAGACAGCCAGUGUUAUGAGCUCUAGUAACUAUUCUGUUCCUCGCAGACUGACAAGUCAUCUGGGUACCAAGGUGGAAAUGGUGUAUUCAUUGUUAUCAAUGCUUGGUACUCACGAUAAAGAUGACAUGUCAAGAACAUUGCUAGCAAUGUCUAGCUCCCAAGACAGCUGCAUAGCCAUGCGUCAGUCUGGAUGUCUUCCUCUCCUCAUCCAGCUUUUACAUGGCAACGAUAAAGACUCUGUCUUGUUAGGAAACUCUCGUGGUAGUAAAGAGGCCCGUGCCAGAGCCAGCGCAGCACUGCAUAACAUCAUUCACUCCCAGCCUGAUGAUAAACGAGGCAGACGGGAAAUCCGCGUGCUCCAUCUUUUGGAGCAGAUCCGUGCUUACUGUGAGGCAUGUUGGGAAUGGCAGGAAGCACAUGAACAAGGCAUGGACCAAGACAAAAACCCAAUGCCUGCUCCAGUGGAUCAUCAAAUCUGUCCUGCAGUGUGUGUUUUGAUGAAACUUUCAUUUGAUGAAGAACACAGGCAUGCGAUGAAUGAGCUUGGAGGUUUGCAGGCCAUUGCUGAACUGUUGCAAGUGGAUUGUGAAAUGUAUGGACUUACAAAUGAUCACUAUAGUGUUACGUUGAGGAGGUAUGCUGGAAUGGCCCUAACAAACCUGACUUUUGGAGAUGUGGCAAACAAGGCUACGUUAUGUUCUAUGAAGGGCUGCAUGAGAGCUCUCGUAGCCCAACUGAAAUCUGAAAGUGAAGACUUACAGCAGGUCAUUGCAAGUGUGUUGAGGAACUUGUCAUGGCGAGCAGAUGUAAACAGUAAAAAGACACUAAGAGAAGUUGGAAGUGUGAAAGCAUUGAUGGAAUGUGCUUUAGAAGUUAAGAAGGAGUCCACCCUAAAAAGUGUUCUGAGUGCCUUAUGGAAUUUAUCAGCACACUGUACUGAGAACAAAGCUGAUAUAUGUGCUGUUGAUGGUGCUCUUGCAUUUCUAGUCGGCACACUGACAUACCGGAGCCAAACAAACACUUUAGCCAUCAUAGAAAGUGGAGGAGGAAUAUUAAGAAAUGUUUCUAGCUUAAUUGCUACUAAUGAGGACCACAGGCAAAUCCUGCGGGAGAACAGCUGCUUACAGACCCUGUUACAACACUUGAAGUCACACAGUUUGACAAUAGUCAGCAAUGCAUGUGGCACCCUGUGGAACCUUUCUGCACGAAAUGCAAAGGAUCAGGAGGCACUGUGGGACAUGGGAGCAGUCAGCAUGCUGAAGAAUCUCAUUCACUCAAAACACAAAAUGAUAGCCAUGGGUAGUGCUGCAGCUCUAAGAAACCUCAUGGCGAAUAGGCCAGCAAAAUACAAGGAUGCCAACAUUAUGUCUCCAGGAUCAAGCUUGCCGUCUCUUCAUGUCAGAAAACAAAAGGCACUGGAAGCAGAAUUAGAUGCUCAGCAUUUAUCAGAGACUUUUGACAACAUUGAUAAUUUAAGCCCAAAAGCAUCUCACCGUAGUAAGCAGAGACAUAAGCAAAAUAUAUACAGUGAGUAUGUCUUAGACUCCAGUCGGCAUGAUGAUGGUAUAUGCAGAUCAGAGAGUUUUAAUACUGGUAAUAUGACUGUACUUUCACCAUAUUUAAAUGCAACAGUAUUGCCUGGCUCCUCCUCUUCCAGUAGAGGGAACAUAGAAAAUUCUCGAUCUGAAAAAGACAGAAGUCUUGACAGGGAUCGAGCAGUAGGUUUAAGUCCCUAUCAUCUAGAGAAUACUGGUAACUCCUCCAAGAGAAUGGGAAUGCAUUCUACUGCUUCAGCUCAGAUUGCCAAAGUUACGGAAGAAGUAACAAGCAUGCAUAUUCCACAAGAAGACAGAAGCUCUGGUUCCACUUCCGAAAUGCACUGUUUGACAGAAGACAGAAAUGCCUCAAGGAGAUCAACCACUGCCCAUACUCACUCAAAUGCAUAUUUUCCUAAAUCUGAGAAUUCAAACAGGACAUGUCCUGUGCCUUAUACAAAAAUGGAAUACAAGAGAGCUUCAAAUGAUAGUUUAAAUAGCGUCAGCAGCAGUGAUGGCUAUGGUAAAAGAGGCCAAAUGAAACCUUCCAUUGAAUCUUACUCCGAAGAUGAUGAAAGUAAAUUUUGUAGUUAUGGUCAGUAUCCAGCUGACUUGGCACAUAAGAUUCAUAGUGCAAAUCAUAUGGAUGACAAUGACGGAGAGCUAGAUACUCCUAUUAAUUAUAGUCUUAAAUACUCAGAUGAACAGUUAAAUUCUGGAAGGCAAAGUCCCUCUCAGAAUGAAAGAUGGGCAAGGCCUAAGCAUAUAAUAGAUGAUGAAAUGAAACAAAAUGAACAAAGGCAGGCAAGGAGCCAAAAUGCAACCUACCCUGUCUACACUGAAAGUGGAGAUGAUAAACACAUGAAGUAUCAGUCACCUUUUGGACAGCAAGAGUGCAUUUCUACCUUUAGAUCAAGAGGAUCCAAUGGUUCAGAUCAGAAUAGAGUAGGCUCAACUCUUGGAAUGAAUCAGAAAGUAAACCAGUCCUUGUGCCAGGUUGAUGAUUAUGAUGAUGACAAGCCAACCAACUAUAGUGAGCGUUAUUCUGAGGAGGAACAACAUGAAGAGGAAGAUAGACCAACUAAUUACAGCAUAAAGUACAGCGAAGAGGAACAUCAUGUCGAUCAGCCUAUAGAUUAUAGUUUAAAAUAUUCAACAGAA